GCCAGCGACGUCCGUUUCGGCAAGGGCCCUGCAAUACUUAAAGCCGGCAAGACGAGUAUGACCUGUAUUUUCAUAGAAUAAAAUUAAUGGUGGCGGUUAUUAUGCUAUAUCGCGCAAAAUGUACCAGAAUUCCACCAAAUAGGACGAGCGUGGUAGUGACGUCGUCUUUUCAUAAAGAUAGAAAGAGCAACCCAAACUAAACUCUCUUUUUGUGACGCAACACGUUUCCUGACAUUUGAAAGAGAGAAAACAAUUUCUUUUCCCGCUCUAGAGUGAAAUCUACUUUCAUCGAAGCAAAGUUGACAACAUUUUUGGAUUCGAAAUGAAGAUUCCGACUCGACACAGUUUCAUCGUACUAAUACUGUUGAUGGAGGCUUGUUUAUUGAUCAAAGGCGAGAAAUGCUGGAUUCCUAUGCUUUGCGACGAUCAACCUACUUGGAGAGAACUCACGAAAGGACAUUGCACUAAAGAAGAUGAGAAGACUUUGGACGCUUUAACGGAACGAUUAGACGGAAUGAAAAGUGGGCUCAAUCAAUUAAAAAAGGUGAUGGAAAAAUCAGAGACGAACUCAGUGCCACCCUCUGUUAUAGGUGUCACGACCACUUCCCAGGGUAACAAAGUCAAGAAAACUUCUUUGGCCCGUACUUCAAACGUCCCUGCUACAUCCCCAUGGUCAACUAAGGAAGUCUUUCUCUCUACUGUGCGCCCACAAACUACAAAAGGCGAACAGAGCACAGAAAAUGAGGCGACCACAGAAGAUAUGACCUCAGUAAUUGUGACCACUCAAGGACUGUCAACUGAAGAAUGUGGCCUUUUCUAUAAUUCCAAAUGUUUUCGAGCGAUCGUUUACAAAGCACGGAACGUCUCAUUGAGCGUUGCCGAAACUCUUUGUGGAAACAAAAUGGCUAACAUUUAUGACGUCACACACUACAACCUGGUUCUGGAUUAUUUACGAUCAAUGAUUCCUGAUGGAAGGUCAUGGAUUUGGAUUCGUGCGGGAAUGACUUACAAGAACGGUCAGCUGUAUUCAACGACGGGUCAAGCUAUGUCUCUGUCAGCUCAGGUUUGGCGUGAGAAUUAUCCGAAUUCCGACGCAUCGUACACAACUGUUGUUGUUGAUGUCAAUCAAGACUCGAAAGACGAGGAUCAAGGGAUUUAUAAUACUCCUACUUCUAAUGUAUAUCACGGAGCCAUCUGUGAAAAUUAAUUAUAACUCUAUCUACGGAAUGAUUUAUAAACAAACAAAAAAACUGUAGAAUUACUUGGGUUUAAGAGUUAUUGGUAUUCACCCUAAUAGCAUAAUUAAAACUUCAAAUUACUAUUUCCACAGUUGAACUUGAUGUUCUUGUAUUCCCGAAUAUUCGUUAGCCACACAUGCAACUUAAUUUACACCCCAACCUAUUAUUUUCACGGUCCACAACAAGCAUAUGGAGUAAAUAUAUAUGUGUGUAGUAUACCUCUCCCAUGGGAUACAGUUGGGGUGUAGGGUAACUACUUAUCACGUGUAUAAGACGAUUAAUUUACCGAUACUUUUAUUUGAUGAAUGCAUUGAAACGUCACAAUGGUAGAGUUUGCGUAUAAGCCUGACUUGUUUCUUGGGUAAAAAUUUCAAUAAAACUGCAUUCAUUGUUAGAUUUCUACAAAACAAACAAUUUUUAUUUCUUAGAUGUGUUCAAGAAAUGUUUGAAUGUAUUAUUUUGGCCCAAUUUGUUUAUGAGAGAGUGUAAAUAAUCUUAGAAUGAUACCUUUCAAAUAACGGCUUGGUAUCUGUAACCUCUAAAUACCUGAAAAUUUCAAUUUGUAAAAAUUAUAAAAAAAAGUCUUCGAAUAUUUGUCAUUAAUUUAAAUCACCAAAAAAACUCGAAUUCAAAAUCACCAUAAAUGAAAAAAAACAGAAUUGUUUAAUAGGGUACUCCCGUAUCAUGUGUACCAGGCUAAGGUUAUGCCAUGAUUUUAUUCCAAUUUUCCUUAUUUUAGUUCUAUCACGGGUUCGGGAUCUGUCUGUGUUAUCCAAGUGAAUAUAUCCCCUGCGCAUAGGUUUCAGUCUCUUUAUACAACUUGCUGUAAAGUAGGCCAACAAAAUUAGUUAACUCCAUAUUGGUACACAUACUGCUGGACCAGAAUUUUCUUUUGUUUUUACUGUUUUAACCGACGAACACCUUUUCAGAAGGUUGACUUUCGAGAAAAGCACUUUAAGUGAAAGCUGUCUGUGUGUAAAGAUAAUUGUUUUUAGAGCCGUUCUUGUCUAAAAUAAUUCUAACAUAGUUUCCACAUUUAUUUCCGAUAAGUCCAAUAGUCGAUGUUGUUACCUUUUUAUAUCAAUUGCUAUGUCCAUAUAUUUCGAUGGAUAUAUUUCUCCCAUAUUGAAUAAGCUCAUUAAUUAGGAGAUUUUUUCUGAAAAAUCUUUUACAAACAUAAGAUUGAUUUACCCAAACUUUUGGGUUCGAAUUUUCGAUUUGUUUUUUAGAUUUGAAUUUUUUUCGAUUUUUUUAAAAUUAAAGUUUUAUUGUGAUCUGAAGGAAAUAUAAGAAAUUCAACUUUAUCAGAAAAUUAUCAAAAUUAAAAUCAUUUACAGCGUCGCCUUCUCUUUACAAUCAACAAGUUUCAUUACUCAUACAUUUUAUUUGCACAUUUUAUCCUGGGUGUGAAUUAUUAGCAUUGAUGAUUUUUUUAUCAUAUUUCCUAUUUUAUAUGUUUCAAUUGUUUUGAAUCACGCCAAUAAAUAAGACAUUUUCCUGCUUUUUAUGGGCAAUUAGUUUGAAAGCUGAAAAAUGAAUUGAAAUUUUCGGUGCGACCUGAACAACAUAUGAGAAAAUGAUAGGAAUUCAUCAAAAUUAAAAUAAAUUUCAUCAUCGUCUUUUAUAAAAUAAACAGGAGCCCUCGGGCUCUCAAAACAUCUAAAAAUUUCAUUUCUUUUGCUUUCCAUUUUUCUUGUAUGUGAAUUAGUGUGAUAUACAAUAUGUAUAUACAGAUAUUUUAUUUGUUAGAUGUGUUUCUGGAUAUUAUCAUUUUUUGGCAAAAUAUGUUGUCAGUGAAAGUUCAAAUUAUUUUUCACAAACUGAACCUAACAAAUGAAAUUCAUGGAAAAUAAUUUUAACUUUCAGUGCAGAAAUAUUAGUUGCUAUUUUGU